AUGGCUCAACAUUGCUUCAAAAAUGAGUAUUUUGACAGCUUGCUGCAAUCUUGUAUACCCUGUCACCUUCGAUGUUCCAGUAAGCCACCUUUUUCAUGUCAGAGCUAUUGUAAUGAGAGUCAAGUAAAAGUAUCAGAUGGAAUUCUUUGGAUCGGUUUGGGAAUAGGAGUGAUUUUAACAUUCACAGUGUUCAUAUUAAUGGUCUUGUUUAAAAUGAGGAACCCAAAACAAUCAAAGGAAGAACUGAAAAACACAGAGUCUGCAGUGGAGCUGAAUGUUAUACUCAAGGCUGAUAUUGAGACCAGUGUGAAUACAGAUAUAAUUGGAGAUUCCCUCCAAAGUGAAGCAUCACUGAUGUAUUCAGUGGAGGAAUGCACUUGCGGGGACUGUGGCUUGGUGAAACUCCAAACUGGCUUUGAUACUUCAUUCCCAUUACCAGCGACAGAGGAAGGAGCUACUGUUCUGGUCACCACAAAGACUUCUGAAUAUUGCAGCUAUAUUCCAGGUGCUAUGAUGACUCUGUGA